AGCGCUCAUACGUCAUCACAACAGGAAGUAAGUGAGCAGCAGCGCUGUCGGUGUGAACAGGCUGGAGGAGAAGGUGAGUGGACAGUGCUGCUGCCCACACCGGUUCCCUUUCUCCCAGCGCCCAUGGACGACGCCCACGAACAAUACAGCCCCACUAGGAACAAAUAACUCAGACGGGAAAGGCUUUCCCGCCGGUUCUCAUCUCGGUGGACCGGGCGCCGUACAAUGGAACGAGCGAUGGAACAGCUCAACGUACAGCUCAGCCGGCUAACCCGCUCCCUCCGCCGGGCCAGGACCGUGGAACUGCCAGAAGAUAAUGAGACUGCAGUGUACACACUUAUGCCGAUGGUCAUGGCUGACCAGCACAGGUCAGUGUCUGAGUUGCUCCUCAACUCCAAGUUUGAUGUAAACUAUGCCUUUGGACGGGUGAAGAGAAGUCUACUACACAUCGCUGCCAACUGUGGAUCAGUGGAGUGUCUGCUUCUACUGCUGAAAAGAGGAGCCAACCCAAACUACCAGGACAUCUCAGGCUGCACCCCUCUGCACCUGGCUGCAAGGAACGGGCAGAAGAAGUGCAUGGGCAAACUACUGGAAUAUAAUGCUGAUGUCAACAUCUGCAAUAAUGAGGGACUGACUGCUAUCCAUUGGUUGGCAGUGAAUGGGAGGACGGAGCUCCUCUACGAUCUGGUCCAGCAUGUGUCCAACGUGGACGUGGAGGACGCCAUGGGACAGACUGCUCUACAUGUAGCCUGUCAGAACGGACACAAAACCACGGUGCUUUGUCUUCUGGACAGUGGAGCUGACAUCAACCGGCCCAACGUCUCUGGAGCCACGCCUCUUUACUUUGCCUGCAGCCAUGGCCAAAGAGACACAGCACAGAUCCUGCUUUCUCGAGGUGCCAAGUACCUCUCUGACAAGAAUGGAAUCACUCCUCUGGAUCUCUGUGUGCAGGGUGGAUAUGGGGAGACCUGCGAGAUCCUCAUACAGCACCACGGUAGACUUUUCCAGUCCCUCAUCCAAAUGACACAAAAUGAUGAUCUGAAAGAAAACAUGCUCAGGCAGGUUCUGGAGCAUGUCUCUCAGCAGAGUGACAGUCAUUUCCUCAGGAUCUUGACCAGUCUUGCUGAAGUGGCUACCACUAAUGGACACAAGCUUCUCAGCCUGUCUAGCAGUUAUGAAGCUCAAAUGAAGAGUCUACUGAGAAUCAUUCGUAUUUUCUGCCAUGUGUUCCGCCUGGGGCCUUCAUCAUCUAACAACGGCAACGACAUGGGCUACAAUGGAAACAAGACGCCUCGCAGCCAGGUCUUUAAGAUGUGUGCGAGACAGAUGGAGGUGGAGACGGUACAAAAAGAUGAAUGUUCCUGGACAGGUUCUCCUGUCUUUGAUCCAUUGGAGCUGUUGUGGCACUCUCUGGAUGAAUGGCUGGUGCUCAUCUCCACAGAGCUGGAGAGGAACAGGAAGAACCCGUCUUCCUCCUCCCCCAGCAGUGAGAUAGCCUCUUUGCUUCUCAAGCAACGGGAGGGGGACCAUUCUGGCUCCAAGCCAAAGCUGCACUCCUUGCUAGACCCCGAAGCCGGCGUGGAAACGGAGGUGUAUGCCGAUGGGGAGGACGUCAUCUCCAUGACAGCCAGUCGGCUCAGUGCUGUGAUUCAGGCCUUUUAUAUGUGCUGCUCCUGUCAGAUGCCACAAGGAAUGACAUCCCCUCGCUUCAUUGAGUUUGUCUGCAAGCAUGGCGAGGUGCUCAAGUGUUUUGUAACCAGGAACCCAAAGAUCAUCUUUAACCACUUCCAUUUCCUACUGGAGUGUCCAGAGUUGAUGUCACGCUUUAUGCACAUUAUCAAGGCCCAGCCCUUCAAGGAUCGCUGUGAGUGGUUCUAUGAGCACCUGCUGGCUGGGCAGCCAGAUUCCGACAUGGUUCAUCGUCCGGUCAACGAGAACGACAUCCUGCUCAUCCACAGAGAUACCAUAUUCAGGAGUAGCUGUGAGAUGGUUUCCAAGUCCAGCAAUGAGAAACUAAAACAGGGCAUUGCUGUUCGCUUCCAUGGAGAGGAGGGAAUGGGCCAGGGGGUGGUUCGGGAGUGGUUUGACAUCCUGUCCAAUGAGAUAAUCAACCCUGACUAUGCUCUGUUCACUCAGUCAGCUGAUGGUACAACUUUCCAACCUAACAGCAACUCCUCGGUGAAUCCAGAUCAUCUAAACUACUUUCAGUUUGCGGGUCACAUUCUGGGUUUGGCUCUGUACCACCGACAGCUGGUCAACAUCUACUUCACCCGCUCCUUCUACAAACACAUUCUGGGCAUCCCGGUGAACUACCAAGACGUGUCGUCCAUUGAUCCGGAGUACGCCAAGAACCUGCAGUGGAUACUGGACAACGAUAUCAGUGAUCUGGGUCUGGAGCUCACCUUCUCCGUAGAGACGGACGUGUUCGGGGCCAUGGAGGAAGUGCCGCUCAAACCCGGAGGGACCAGCAUCCUGGUAACCCAGGACAACAAGGCCGAAUAUGUCCAGCUGGUGACUGAGCUGAGGAUGACACGAGCCAUCCAGCCUCAGAUAAACGGCUUCCUGCAAGGAUUCCACACCUUUAUCCUUCCCUCACUCAUCCAGCUUUUUGACGAAUACGAAUUGGAGCUCCUGCUGUCAGGGAUGCCAGAAAUCGACGUGCAGGAUUGGUGCAGGAACACCGAGUACACCAGUGGCUAUGACCCUCAGGAGGCGGUCAUCCAGUGGUUCUGGGAAGUGGUGAAAAGUCUGUCCCAGGAGGAACGGGUUCUUCUACUCCAGUUUGUCACUGGAAGUUCCAGGGUUCCACAUGGUGGCUUUGCCUACUUGAUGGGGGGCAGUGGUUUACAGAAGUUCACCGUUGCUGCAGUACCAUACACCUCCAACCUACUGCCUACCUCUAGUACCUGUAUCAACAUGCUGAAACUCCCAGAAUAUCCAAGCCAGGAGGUCCUGAGAGACCGGCUGCUGGUGGCGCUGCAUUGUGGGAGCUAUGGUUACACCAUGGCGUAGUAUCAGUCCCUGCUGUUGUGAGAGUUUGCAGACCCAUGCAACACUCCCUCCUCCACUCACGCACUUCAUGUAGCCAUUCGCUGCUUUUGCUGGACAAAAAAGGGAAAUCCACAACACAAUGACUGGAGACCCCAGGUUCUGAGUCUUCAUACCUGUGUGGCAACUUCUACUCCUUAGAUUGACGUGAUAUCUGGUCAUGUAUGCAAAAAAUAAUUGAAUAUCUUCUCAUUUGAAAUUGAAUUAAAAGAAAAAAAACGCAUUUACCAUGUACCACCCAAAGCGCUUUUACAUGUCAUCAAUUCAGUUAGUUCUGUAUAGCGCUGUCUAACCAAACUUUAGCCAGACAUACUGUAUAGUCACUGUACUAUAUGACAAAAGUUUGUGUACAACUUUAGAUGCAAGUGAUGCAAGAGGGAUGAUCAUGUCAUCUCAAAGCAUAGCCCUUUGGCUGCAGGGAUGUGGAGCUGGGGUUCUGUAUGUAUGUAUGUAUGUAACAAUAACAUAUCUAGCACAAAGUGGGUCAAUCAUUUAUGUUCUUGUAUUAAAAUGUAACACCAUUGGAACUAUAAAGCCUUAACCUAGGGUAUUAGACCGAGAUCAAAAGACCUUGAUGUAGGCAAUCAUCUUUGGCACCACAAGAUUGUAAAGAUUGAAGCAACACCUUGAUAAUCAGAUGACCCACAACAUGUACCUCUGUGUGAAAGCGAACAGACUUUGUGACGUCUACUACUGACUAAGGUGAAACGUUAUUGCAGUCAGAAAUAAUUUCACAUGACGUUCUCAAACAAGACCAAAGUGGUCGAUUAGACCAGAGUAUUCAACCAAGAAUGGGCCCACUGUUUGAAGUUCAUUCUCCCCUCGGCCACUUCUGCACCAAUAUGUUGCAUCUUCAAAGAACAUGACCAUUAUUAAAAACAGUAACGUGAAACUCCACUAAAGAAACAGCGUACCUGCUCACAUCCAAAAUGAAGGCACAUAAAAUAAACCUGAGAGCCCAAUAUGAUCCGAAUACUAACGCACAAAAUACACUGCCCAACAAUGAGGUCAACAGAGAUGGGUAAUUUAGCUUAAACAAGUGGUAUUAGACCCUGCACACACAUUUCUCUGACAAUAAAUAUUCAUUAUUUGAA